AUGGACCUCACCAAGAAGCAGACCGUCGCGGUUUUCAAGCAUCUCAAGGCGCAGAACGCCAACAAGACCUGCUUCGACUGCCUUGCCAAGAACCCAACAUGGACUUCGGUCACGUUCGGCAUCUACCUCUGCCUCGACUGCUCGAGUGUGCACCGUAACCUCGGUGUCCACAUAUCGUUUGUCCGCUCGACCAACCUCGACUCGUGGCAGCUACAGCAGCUCCGCACGCUCAAGGUCGGCGGCAACCAGUCGCUCGCCGAAUUCUUCACGAAGCACGGCGGAUCUAGUCUUCUUCCCCCCGGAAACAGCGAUGCGCGUUCACGAUACACUUCGCGCCAGGCGUUGCUGUACAAGGAGGAGCUAGCGCGUCGCGUCGCCGAGGACGCACGGCAGUACCCCGACGGCAUCCACAUUGAGGGGCUCGACUUGACACCAAUGCAGACUGCGGCGUCGACGCCCGCGACUGAUACCAACAAUGAUUUCUUUGACAACUGGGACAAGGCUGUACCGACGCCCUCGCCGCGGCCCAGCAAGCCUGCCUCCCCUGCCCCUCCCCCCAUGAUCGGCCGCACUCCCUCCCCCGCGACCACCUCUGCACCUGUCUCGACUGGCUCACGCACCGUCAGCUCGGCGUCACUGCGUGCGAACCCUUCUGGACGCACGAUCGGAGCGAACCGCACCGGCGGGGCCAAGGCAAUGAAGCUUGGCGGGGCCAAGCUGGGUGCGUCUAAGCUCGGCGCCAAGAAGGCGGGUGCGACGAUCAACUUUGAGGAGGCGGAGCGCAAAGUGCGUGAGGAGGAGGAGCGCGUCAAGCGGCUCGGGUAUGAUAAAAAGAAAGAGGAGGAAGAAGCUGCUGCGCUUAAGGCGCGCGAGGAGGAGGAGCGGCGCAAGAACCAGGCGGCUGGCAUCAGCUCGUCGCGCACUGGGACGCCGCUCAGCAGUACACGCAUGGCCAAGGACGAGAAACCAGUGCCCGUCAAGCUUGGUUUUGGGCAGGUGGCGUCUACGGCCGCGGCCCCAACGAAGAGCAGCACGUCUCGUGCCGUGUUUGAGGAGGAGGACACGAACCACAGCGCUCGCGACCGCUUCGGGACCCAGAAGGGCAUCUCGAGCGACAUGUACUUUGGGCGCGGGACGUACGACGCAGCCGCAUCGAGCGAGGCGCAGAGCCGCCUCCAGCAGUUCCAGGGCGCUACGGCCAUUAGCUCGAACGCGUACUUUGGCAGACCCGAGGAAGACGAGGAGGACGAGUAUGCGGGCGGCGGCGAUGGUAUGCUUGGCCUCGAGGGUAACGAGACGCUACAGGGGCUCGAGCGCAACGUGCGCGACAUUGCGGGCCGCGUCAUGGCGGACCCGAGCGUGCAGCAGCUCGGGGACCAGAUCCGCGCUGGUGCUUUGAGGCUCUCGGACUUCCUUGGGUCCCUCGAGUCGCGGUAA